AUGAAAUCACCCAAGAUGCGUGGACAAGCAUUUAUUAUAUUUGAUGAUGUACAAAAUUCAACAGCAGCAUUACGUUCAUUACAAGGUUUGGAAUUUUUUGAAAAACCACUUCGUAUACAGUAUGCUAAAAAAGAUUCUGAAAGUAUUAAGUUGAUACGCGCCCAAGAAAAUGCAACGGCUGCUGCUCUUGCUGCAGCUGCUGAAAAAGCAAAUGCACCGAAAAAACCUCGAAUUGAGAAACCAUCAACUCCUGCUGAACCGACAUUACAACAACAACACAUUGCUAUGAUGAAUUCAGAAGAAGUACUCCAAGCAGCUGAAAUGGUAACUGCCGCUGCAGCAGAAGCGGAACUUGAACAAUUACCAUUGAAAGAACGUCAACGUCGUAUUCAAACUGUAAUUGCUGCACAAAGUACAUUAAUUGGAACAUUACCAAUAAUUCCUGAACAACCAUCAAAUUCCACAUUAUUUUUAAGUAAUCUACCGAAUGAAACAACAAAAGAAAUGUUAGAAAUUCUAUUUAAACAAUUUACUGGCUAUCGUGAUGUUCGUUUAAUACCAGGUCGUGAAGGUAUCGCAUUUGUGGAUUUUGACAAAGAUAAACAGGCAACAAUAGCUAAAGACGCAUUACAAAAUUUCAAAAUUACACCAACAAAUUCGAUAACAAUUAGUUUUGCAAAAAAAUAG